GGAGGAGGAGAGUUGCAUUCGUGAGUCACAAAAGGCUGACUCAGUUAAAAUGUGGUGUGAAGAAAGAGAGAUGUCAUCCAAAAAGGUAGAUGAAGCACCUGGCAAUGGAAUUGUCUUGAAGAACAAGUACACUACAAAGGAGAGUGCUUCCAAUGAGCAGGCAUCCUUGGCCAGGAACCAGCAAUGGCAUUCUUACGACCAGGACAGAGAGGCCUGCAUGAGGGCAGUGGUGGACAUGAUGUGGGUGGAGAAAGAGCUGGAUGAGAUGGCUCAGGGCGAGCUAAAGCCACACAAUAAGGACCUUUCAGAGGAGGACAGCAUCAGCGACAUGAUAGAUGACUUUGAAAUCUCCCUGGAGAUAGAUCAACACAAGCUGGCGCAGCUGCAGCAGCAGCUUGACACAGCCCGCGAGGACCUUGCACGGGCCAAUGAAAGGUGCCAGGAAAAGGAGAGCGAGGUGAGCGAGCUCAAGCAGCAGCUCGAAUGUCAUCAGCUGUGCUACAAGGAGAACGAGCAGCUGACGGAGGAGCUGAGAGAACUCCAGAACAAAUUGGAGGAGGAGAGGCAGCAGAAAGACAAACUGAAGAUGAAGUCUUCUAUCCUAUGGAGGGUCAUGGUGGAGCGUUAUCAAGCAGACCAGGAGAAGAUCAAACACCUGGAGAAACAGAUCAACAUUUCCUCACAGGACCUUGAGGAUGAGGUGCAGGGUGCUUCAUAUUUGAGGAAACAGAUGCACAGACUCUGCAAAAUAAUGCAGAGAACCGUGGACAAAAAGACUGUUAAGAAAUUGUCCGAUACGGAGGGGUACGAGGCGAUCGAGGAAACCGACAACAUGAUGCCAUGCUCGUCCUCCGCGCCCAAGGGUAGCAUUGUGGAUGAAAGCGUCCUCAGCUGUCCUCGCUGCUGCCUCCCUUAUCCAGCCAGUCAGUACGGAGAUCUCCUAAGCCACAUGGAAGUCUGCCUGGACUGAGCAGACCAUCAAAGCUUCCUGAGAUCUGCAGCGAUUCAUCUUCAUUUGAUUCAGUUGUGUUCAACUCUUCUGCUUUAAUUUCAUAGCAAUGUUUGUAUUUACCCUCCAAAAUAAAAGCUUGAUCCGCUCCAUGUCAUAAGAAGCUGAAAACAUCUUGUGGAAGUUAAUCCCCUUUCUGUACUAUUUAAGGAGCAGAGAUUGGCAGCCACCAAUAUGGGAAAUUAGACGCCUACACAGGAAGUGUAUGCAUUAUGUUCCUAAUGUAGAGCUAACAUUAAAUCACAUCCUUGACUUUCUCUUUGCUGUUUAGCCAAUAAAA